GCUGUUUUUCUGCUUCCUAUAUCCCGGAAGUCCGUUUUCUCAGGUAGUGACGUCACGUCCCCCGUGCAGCGCGAAAAGCAGCGUUAAAUCCGAAGUGCGCAACCGCAGUAAACCAUAAAGGAAGCAAAAAUGUCAAAAAUUGAGAAGAUGAGCAUCCUCGGGGUGCGGAGCUUUGGGAUCGAGGACAAAGACAAGCAAGUAAUCUCGUUCGUCACUCCUCUCACGGUCUUGGUGGGACCCAACGGAGCUGGCAAAACGACCAUUAUCGAGUGCCUUAAGUACGCAACCUCAGGAGAACUUCCCCCAGGUUCUAAAGGAGGUGCUUUUGUCCAUGAUCCAAAGGAUGCCCAUGAAACCGAUGUGCGAGCACAGAUCAAACUUUUAUUCUCCGACGUCAAUGGAGAAAAAGUCACCAUCCAACGUUCCAUGUCCUGCACCCAGAAAGCCAAGAACUACUCCUUCAAAAGCCUAGAGCAGGUCAUCACUAGAAUAAAGGAUGGUGAGAGAGUGAGCAUGUCAAAUAAAUGUGCAGACAUGGAUCGGGAAAUGAUUUCUGCGCUCGGUGUGUCUAAGCCUGUGUUGAAUCAUGUCAUCUUCUGCCACCAAGAGGAGUCCAACUGGCCACUUAGCGACGGCAAGGCGCUCAAAGAAAAAUUUGAUUCUAUCUUUGCUGCAACAAAGUAUAUCAAAGCUCUGGAAACAAUGCGUCAGCUCCGUCUCAAGCACAACAACACGGUGAGAGAGUGCCAGGUGGAGUUACGAUUCCUGAAGCAGAACAAGGAGAAAGCCCAGCAGAUUAGAGAGAUUGUCGCCAACAAGGAGGCUCAGAUGAUCGCCUCCAAGGAUAACAUCCAGCUGAUAGAGAGACAAAUUGAUCCACUGGAGAAUGGACUGUUGGACAUCGACUUAAAACUGGGCAAAGUGAUGAAGCUGGACAAUGAUAUCAAGGCUUUGGAUAGCAGGAAGAAACAAAUGGAGGAGGACAACAAGGACCUGGAGGAAACAAUGGAACAGGUGUUCCAGGGUUCGACCGACCAACUGCAGGAGCUGUACCAGAACCACCAGAGAACAGUGAGGGAGAAGGAACGGAGGCUGACUGACUGUCAGAAGGAACUCGAUCGAGCAGGCAGGGAGUGUCAGAGACUCAACAGGGUCAAAGCCGACCUCCUGGUAGAACAAGGACGUCUCCAACUCGAGGCUGACCGCCACACCCAAAACAUCAAGAACCGUGACACUCAGGUCCGCUUGUUGUCGUCACAACUAGAGGUGGAAGGCUACGACAGGCCGCCCUUUACGGCUCUUCAGGUGGAGAGCUUUCAUCGUCAUGCUACACAGAGACUGGAGCAGGAAAAGAAGACAUUGGCUCAGGUUUUGGCAGACCUACAAGAAAAGGAGCAACAGAAACAACAGUCCAUUGAUGAAAUCAGACACAAGAAGACUGGUCUGGAGAGGACUGUUGAACUUAAGAGAGACCUGCAGGGAAAAAAGCAGCAAGAUCUCCGAAAUACACGCGCUGAGCUGCAGAGACUGGAAGGUUCAUCUGAUAGAAUGCAGGAGCUGGAAAACGAUCUGGCGAAAGCGGAGCGUGAGCUUCAAAGUGCCCUGCAGAUGUCAAAUGUAGAAGAGUUAAAGGCUGAGAUUGUGGAGCUCCAGAGAGAAAAGGCUGAAAUGGACCGUGCACUGAGGCAGCUGGAUCAGGAGAUGGGCUUGCUCAACAUACACACCACCGCACGCACACAGAUGGACAUGUUGACAAAGGAUAAGAAAGAAAAAGAGGAGCAGGUACGGAAGAUCAAGUCACGUCACAGCAACGAUCUGGUGUCAUUGUUGGGCCAUUUCCCCAACUUAAGAGAGCUGGAAGACUGGCUCUACACCAAGUCCAAGGAAAUAAACAGCACCAGGGACAAACUGGCUAAACUUAAUAAAGACCUGGCGUCAAACGAGCAGAAUAAAAGCCACAUAGCCGCCGAACUGCGUAAGAAGGAGAAGCAGUUGACGACUGAUGAAGAAAAGUUCUUUGAUGUGUGCGGCAGUCGGGAUCUGGAGCAAGACUUGUGUAAAGUGCAGGAAGACCUGGAAAAGAUCUCCAAACAAAGAGCUAUGCUAGCCGGAGCCACUGCUGUGUACACCCAGUUCAUCAGCCAGCUGACUGAAGAGACGGAGCCCUGCUGCCCCGUGUGCCAGCGCACCUUUCCCUCGGAGACGGACCUGCAGGACGUGAUCAGCGACAUGCAGUCCAAACUGCGCCUGGUUCCAGAUAUGCUGAAAAACACCGAACAGGACCUGAAGAGGAAGGAGAGGAGGAGAGAUGAAGUGAUGACCCUGAGACCUGUCAGGUUGUCAAUCGUACAGUUGCAAGAGAAGGAGUUGCCUGAGCUGAGAAAUCGUCUGCAGAGUGUGAACAGAGACAUCGAGAGGUUAAAAGGUGAUGCAGAGGAGCAGGAGACUCUACUCGCGACGCUGACAUCAGAGGAGGAAACUGCCAAAGCUUGUUUGCAAGACAUCUCUCUCAUGGACAGAUUCCUGAUGGACCUCAAGGAAGUGGAGAGGAAAAUAGCUCAGAAUGCCGCCAAACUCCAGGGAGUAGACCUGACCAGAACCAUCCAGCAAGUCAGCCAGGAGAAGCAGGAGACUCAGCUGAAGUUAGACACUACUUCCAGUAAGAUGGAGCUGAAACGUAAGCUGAUCCAAGACCAGCAGGAUCAGAUUCAGGUGCUGAAGAGUUGCGUGAAUGAGACCAGAGCAGAGAAACUCCAGCUGAGCAGCGAUAUGCAGAAGCAGCAACAGCUGGAGGAUCUAUGUGUUGAUUUCACCGCCGAGAUUCAGGCCUUAACCAGGGACAUCCGGGAAGCAAAGGAACAGCUUCUCCCGUUGUCGUCCACCCUGGAUAAGAUGCAACAGGAGAAACAGGAGCUGAUGGAACGCAACAAACAAAGGCAGGAAGAAGGGCAGGAGAAGAUCAACGACAUCAAGGAGAAAGUUAAGACGAUUACCAUCUUGGAAAGGGACAUCAGCAUCUACCUUGAUGAAGGCAAAGAUGAAUACAAAGAGCAAAAGGAGUCGGAGCUUCAAGACACCAACACACAUCUCCACGAGGCUGAAAGACACAAGGAGAAGAUUAACAAAGAGAUGGGAAAUAUCCGGCAGGACAUUGACACUCAAAAGGUGCAGGAGCGCUGGUUACAGGACAACUUGACACUCAGGAAGCGUGAGGAGGAGCUCAAAGAUGUCGUGGCUAAGCGCGAGUCCCUUUGCAAAGACAUGGGAAACAUGCAAGUGAUGCAGCUCCGCCAAGAACGACGCAGUGCCGAGUCCAAGCUGGAAGAGUUGAAGAAGAACCGCAGCAUUGCACUCGGUCGCCAGAAAGGAUUUGAGGAGGAAUUGCUGCAUUACAGAAAAGAGCUGCGGGAAGAUCAGUACGACAAAGCGGACACUCUGUACAAAAACAAGAUGAUCACAAUGCGGACAACAGAGCUGGUCAUCAAAGACCUGGAUCUCUACUACAAGGCCCUCGAUCAAGCCAUCAUGAAGUUCCACAGUGUGAAAAUGGAUGAAAUCAAUAAAAUUAUCAGAGACCUUUGGCGCAGUACCUACAGCGGUAAAGACAUUGAGUACGUGGAAAUCCGCUCGGACGUGGACGAGAACUCCUCUGCCGGAGUAAAGCGAAGGGUUUACAACUAUCGAGUUGUUAUGGUGAAGGGAGACGCGGCUUUGGACAUGAAGGGACGAUGCAGUGCUGGUCAAAAGGUACUGGCAUCUCUCAUUAUCCGUCUUGCCUUGGCGGAGACCUUUUGUCUAAAUUGUGGGAUCCUGGCGCUGGAUGAACCCACCACCAACCUUGACAGAGAAAACAUUGAGUCGUUGGCACACGCCCUUGUGGAAAUUAUCAAGACCCGCUCCCACCAGCGCAACUUCCAGCUACUUAUUAUCACACACGACGAGGACUUUGUGGAAUUGCUGGGCCGCUCCAGUUACAUCGAACACUUCUACCGCAUCCACAAGAACCACGAACAAAACUCCGAGAUCACCAAGUGCAGCAUCAACUCCCUCGCCUCCUCCUUCCUCUGACAACACCGCCAAACGCUGUAUAGUAAUUCCCAUUAUUGUUCAUUAUUACCAGUUUGGAUUGGGUUAGCCUUCUCUUGUAAGAAGAGAACAUGGAGGCAGGGGGAACACCUCUGUCAAUAAAAAUAUUAUCUUUUUGUUUAAAAGAUCAAAAACACAUUAAACUAGAGGCUAAG